ACGUGUGAAAUAUACAUUAUUUGCCAGCAUUGAAAUUUGAAACUUUUAAAGCAUUACCAAUGGUAGAAAUGCGGUUUAGAACCGCGUGUCGUGUGAUCACAUAUUUACUGGGAUUACUAAAGAAAGGAAGAAAAGAUGCGAAGACAAGUAAAGUUGUAGCGAGGACUAAAAGUGGUAAGAAGGAACUCCAUCGGUCAAAGACCCUGCCCAUUAUUCGGGCCCCUAAAGGAUGUUUCACCCAGGAGGAAGCUCAGCCGGCACAAGCAACUUUGGAGGUUCCGAAACCACUGUCGAGAAAACAGUCGGUGCCGAUUUUAAAUAUCCUGAAGCGCAGCAAGACCACUCCAGAUGGACCCAAAGACGCGUUAUCGCAUCAAUAUUACAGGAGUAAGAGCUGUGAGCGGAGACGUAGUAUGGGGUUCGUAGACAAGUACUCCCCGCCAUUGAGCAAAG